UAUACUGGACAAGAACACCAAUAUAAUCACUCAAAUUAUACCAAAUAAGUGGUCAGUUGCUUGCUUGUUUUAGCUGUAGUAAAUCGACAGAGAUUCAUUGCUUCCCGCUUCAAACUAUCCACAAUAUCGAUAUCUGAUUAUAAUUAUCAUGGAGCACGAUAACACGGAAGGUUUGCCCGCCAAGGAAAGUGAGGAACCAGACAAAAGUGAGAUGAAUUUACAGAGCAUAAAUAUGAAAAAUAUUAAACAUAUGAUCUUAAAGAAUCCUAUAGCUGUUGCUCUGGUAGCAGUGUUCAGUUUGUACUUGAUAUUUGGUUAUGGAGCAGAUAUGAUUGUGACGGCUAUUGGUUUUGCUUAUCCAGCUUAUCAGUCAGUGAAGGCGGUCGAAAGCCCCCAGAAAGAAGACGACACACAAUGGCUGAUCUACUGGGUGGUUUUUGCAAGUUUUAACAUUGUGGAGUUCUUUUCCGACAUUCUCCUUUCAUGGUUUCCUCUGUACUUUCUCACUAAGUUGAUAUUUCUUGGUUGGUGUAUGGCCCCAGUAACAUGGAAUGGAGCAGACACUCUGUACAAUAAGGUUAUCAAGCCUUUUGUGCUUAAACACCAAACAAAAAUAGACRAGACGUUGGAGAAAGUGGGAGAACAGUUUGACAAAUACUCCAAGGAAGCCAAAGAUGUCGUUACAGAAGCUGCCAUCAGGUCUGCCACUGAAAACAAGAAAGAUGAGUGAUGUGCUUAUUAAACCGACAUUUACAACAUUUGCCAUGGAAUGGCUGUUCCUGAGACUCUUCUUUGUCAAUAAAAACCAUAGCUUUUCUUGAGAGGUGAUGAUUUCAUUUAUGAGAGAUAGUGCAAUAUCCUUGUUGUGAUUCUAUUUCUAAGAAACAACAUUUUUAGGAUGACUGGGUUUAAAGUAACGGCCAGACAUAAUUGGACAAUGUCUGGCCAGAAUUGGAACUUGUCAGGUCAAAUCUUUGUCUUGUCAGUCAUUUUGACCAGUACUGUUUAGACAGAAAGCAGGCGUGACCRAGCUAAAACUAUUUUGCUCUGUGAUCAUGACCUGCAACUGAUUGGCCGUUAUUUUAAGCCCUGGAUAAACAAUACAUAUACAUUUACAAAUACUACCAUAAAACUUUGUAAUAAUAACUUCAUAAGCAUUUUAAUGAACUAGGGCUUUGAUAUUGGAUAGGAAGCUAAUGCACUUUCACACGUUUUCCCUAUUCAUGUAACAGGAUGGACAAUCACACUUGAUACUAGUUGAUAUUUCUAUGAAUAUUGUAUCUUUCAUAUAUCUGAUGAGUUGUAGUUUGGGAGCCAUGGAAAUGUAAACCUAUUUUCUUGUUUCAACUCAUUCAAAAGUGGCUAUUUAUAACACUUCUUCUAGUUAAACAAUAAUUGCAAAUAAAAAUGAAUUCUGUAAUUUA